AUGGGUGGGGACCAGGGCUCCGGGAUCCCCGCCUGGUCUCCCCGAUGUGCCGAAGUUCCUACCCUGUGUCUGGCGGAGGAGCCUCUGGGCCGCCUGCUGAGGCCCGGGAGCAGGAAAACGCUCUCUGGGGUGCCUGACCAGCCUGACCGGGAAGGCCGGGCCCUGUCCGCUGUGGGUCAGCAGUCUCCACCUGAGAGGCCAGCAACUGUCCUCCGAGGCCCGGAGAGAUCCGAGCGGCGAAUCCGGGCGUCCUCCCCAGAACUGAAACCUGCGCGGCGGCCGCGGCGGGGGCGGCGGAUUCCGAAGUCCCGGGGCGGCCGGGCGACCACCGCGCUGUGCGUGGCUGCGUCGGGAGCUGGCGCCCGGGAGUGGCCCCGGGGGCCCGGGCGGCGGCUCUCCCUGCUCCCCUCACAGCGAUCCGCAGCCGGGGAGCCUGCCGUGCUCGCCCUCGCCGGCCGUGUGCGGCCCCCGCUGCGGUCGGCGGGCUCCUGUGUCCAGCACGGGUCUCCACCAGGGCAGGGCUGGCGACGACGUCCUAGCGGGUGCCCGAGCCACGAACAGGAUCCAGCCCUCGCCGUAAUCUCAGCAGCGUCCUCCUCCGUUGUCCCCGUCGGGUCGGUGCGCUUUUUACCUGCCACGAAGUGCAAAACUUGCCAGCGGCUCUGGAUUCCUGGGAGCUCAGAGUGUAGGUGUCACGGUUUACGUCUAGCGGUCCCCCCAAAGCCCCGUGCACUCACUGACAGAGUUUCUUGUCCUCAGAGCGGGCAGCAGAGCAGCAGGUGUAGAAAUGAGAGCAGCAGAAGGCAGUGGAGGAGAGGGGCAGACCCAUGUUCCUGGAUCUCUGUUGCAGGCCUUGUUGUCCAUGCCUCUGUGUACCUGACCAUUAGGAUUCUUCCAGAUGGAAGGUUCUGGUGCCACUGCCACGGCUGCAAACCUCAAGCGUGCUUUGAAAUGAUGAAUUCGUGAAGACCACUCUCCAUGUCCUCACUGCCCAUGUCCUGCCCAGCAGGUUUCUCUUAGGCUAGUAGGUGCAGUGGCACCACCUUGUUGGGCCCAGACAGUCCCUGGCCAGAGCUCCUCUGCACCAAGAAGAGAUGUCACAAGUGAGGACUGGGAGCGAGCAGCUUGCCAAAUUGGCACAUCAUAGCUGACCACCUGUGCUGCAUGCCAGUCCACCCUAAAUAUGUCAGUCUCAGGGGCCAGAAGCUGGUGCUGCAAGGGGGAUGGUGGUAGAAGUUCACAUGGAACUGGCCAGCCAUGGUGCCAGGGUGACAGAUGUUCGCUGUGGUACUGGAUGUGGCUUGCUCCAGGGCAUGGUUGGGCAGUGCCUUCAGAUGGUCUCCUAGUCUGGAUUUCUUAUUGGCCCUGGGUAUCCUUUCACUUUGAAGGUUGUAUGGCCAAGAAGAUUCUCCCACUACUGUGCCAUGUGUGCCCGGCCAGCAGACUUGGUCACCCAGCCCAGUGUCAUGUGCCCUGCCUGAGCUGACUCACAGUGCAGGUGUCUGGCCCGGGCCAUUUCUCCCCUUCACCUGGAGAAUCUGCUUAGGACAAAGGCAGCUGGACACUUCAGGUUCCUAGGAGGAACUUGUGUCUGUAGGUCUCAGCUCUGCAGUGCUGGGCAUUUUGAUGUGAUUCCUACAGGCUGAGGGAUGGCAAACUGCCUUGGCACAUGGCAUCUGUCCCCACUCAAGUGGAGCUGAGGCCAGGGAGUGUCAGGGCCAAAGCCAGAACUGCAGGCUACCAGGUUCCUAUCACAACGGAGGCCCUGUCCUUUGUACCUGUAAUGUUAAUCCUGGGAAAUAAACAGUCU